AUGCCUUCCGGUGAUGCCGCGCAUUCGCGCAAAUCGAAAUUGACCGUGGCUUCGGGGGGUGCCGAUCCAGCGGCGGCGACAGCAAGACAUCAUCACCACCACCAUCAUCCAUCGCAACACAGUAGUGGUAGCAAUAAUGCCGUGAAUCGCCCGAUGCAAUAUCUGGCUCGUUUGACGGAUUUUCGACAAAUGGACAUUCAAUCGGCAUUGGAUCAAAUGAAGACCCUCUUGACGUCACGUCCGCAUGUGGUCUACAAGACGAGUUAUUAUCGCAAGCAAACCAAGAAUCACUGGGCACGAGACGAUCCUGCCUUUGUGGCGCUCCAGGGCAUCUUUUUGAUCAUUGCCUGUAUUGCCUAUGCAGUGGCUUUUAAGGCGACCAUUACGGGAGGAAUCUCCUUUUUGCUCUAUUCGGUCCUUUGGAAUUGGCUGGGAGCCGGAUUCUUAAUUGCCACUAUUGGAAGAGAAAUCGCCAAUCGACACUUGACCGUACACAGCUCGUCCAGUCAUGUCAAACAAUCCGUCGAAUGGCUAUAUGCCUUUGAUAUUCAUUGCAAUGCUUUCUUUCCGCUAUUUGUCGUAUUAUACGCCGUUCAGUUUUUCAUGCUCCCUGUGGUGUUGGGAAGCCAUUUCAUGGCCAUGGUGUUGGGAAAUACCAUGUACGCCGCGGCCCUGUCAUGGUAUUGGUAUGUCACCCAUUUGGGAUACAGAACGCUACCCUUUCUAUCCAAUACCGAAGUCUUUUUAUUCCCCAUUGCGGCCAUUGUUGUGGUGUAUGUGUUGAAUUUGAUACUGCACCCGUUUGGUUUUAGUUGGAAUACAUCCAUUCUCAUGGCACGAUUCUACUUUGGAUCUUAUCUCAUGUAA